ACUCCAGGGGACCAUGCCACUUGCUCAUGCUCCAGGCUAUCCUCUAGGCCCUCUUGCAAGUUUAGGCUCUUGAGAUGGCUCCAUAAGCAAUGGAACAUACUAUAUGGAAAGUGCAUGGACUCUGGAGUCAGCAUGACUGCACUCAAACCCAUGCACAGCUGAAACUUCAAAAAGUAACUCCAUCUCCGCUCCAAAAUGGGUUAGUAAUGACUACCCCAUAGGGCUACUGUGGGGUCGUGGCUGUGAGUAGGGUUAGUUGGUUAUAAAAUGUCACAUAAAUGUUAAUCCCUGCUCCUAGGGAGGUAGAUAGGUAGCUCCUUAGCUGCACAUUAACCUUCACUAUCCCAGCCAGUCAUGGCCCCAGACCCCUCUGCAGCCCCUGCCAGGUCAUCCUCAGUCUUCCUGGAAGCCUUCUCCAGAAGCACAGGGGCUUAGGCCCACGAGGAUGGAUGGCAAGGCUGUGCCUGGUCCCAUGCCAGCUGACACACUCCACGCUGCUCACCUACAUUCCUUAUCUCCAAUAGAGCAGCGGGUCUAGACAAGUUCUAGUCAGCUCCUCUCAUCCCCUAUUCAGCCCAAGCUGUAGUUGGCAGAAAUAUCCCCACCAAGGUAGGGCACCAUCCUAGGCUAAAUCAAGGUUGCCACUUGCCAUAGAUGUCAGUCACUGAGGACCUCAGAGUCAGAAGGGCAGAAAGGGGGACUGGGGACAAUGGAGCAAGGCAAUGAGGCAUGAAGAAGGAAGAAGUCAAUGCCACUGGUGCCACACAUGUCACCGAGCUCUUGUCCCCCUCUGCAUUCUCACCCACUUACCUGCCAGCCCAGCCAAACUGGAAGGAGAAGCGUGGGCCAGGAGAGAAGAGCUGCAGGUGUUUGCUCUGAAUAUUUCCCUGGGGAAAUCCGCCUCCCAUCCUGCCCUGCCCAUCUAUCCUUGCUUGGUUCAUUAGCUCAGAAAGUCCCACCCCGCUGGGAAGAAGAAACAAAAGCUACUUUGGGGAGACACUCAGGCAGAAGGGCAUCCCAGGGACAAGAGAGUGAGCCGGAUCCACAAGAAGGGAGAGAUUCUUCCAGGCCUCCAGGCUCCCCCAGGCCUGAGUGGGUGACACACAGUUGUAGACGCAUCUACAUCAGAGGCCAAAGGACAGAACCAGCAUGGACUGGGAAUUUCUGUACAAACGCCUGAGUGGCGCGAACAAGUACUCCACGGCGCUGAGCCGCAUCUGGCUGUCGGUGGUGUUCGUCUUCCGCUUGCUGGUGUACUUGGUGGCCGCCAAGGAUGUGUGGAACGAAGAGCAGAAGGACUUCGUGUGCAACACGCUCCAGCCGGGCUGCCCCAAUGUCUGCUAUGACCACUUCUUCCCGGUGUCCCACGUGCGCCUCUGGGCGCUGCAGCUCAUCCUGGUCACAUGCCCCUCGCUGCUCGUGGGCAUGCAUGUGAUCUACCGGGAGGAGCGGGAGCAGAAGCACCGCAUGAAGCGCGGACCCAAUGCUCCACCCCUGUACAGCAAUCCCAGCAAGAAGCGCGGCGGGCUCUGGUGGACAUACUUGGUGAGUCUCAUCUUCAAGGUCGCCAUGGACUCGGCCUUCCUCUAUGUCUUCCACCGCCUCUACAAGAACUAUGACAUGCCCCGCGUGGUGCACUGCAGUAUAGACCCCUGUCCCCACACUGUGGACUGUUACAUCUCCAGGCCCACAGAGAAGAAGGUCUUCACCUGCUUCAUGGUGGGCACGGCUGUCGUCUGCAUCCUGCUCAACCUCUGUGAGGUCACCUACCUGGUGGGCAAGAGGUGCAGGGAGAGCCUGGGUCCUCGACCCCGGAAAUCUCGGCACCGGUGUCACCUGCCCGAUACGUGCCCACCAUAUGUGGUCUCCCAGGAAGGGCACCCCCAGGAUGGGAACUCUGUCCUAAAGAAGGCUGAGUCGGCCCUAAUGAACGAAAGUGGGUAUCCAUAACCUGUCAAAUGGCAGGUAGGUUUCUCUGAGAAAAACAGGCAAGGGUAGAGGCAGAUGCGGAGAGUGGCCGUGCGUUCUCGGGAAGCCCACCCCAGUGCAUAGUGGGAGGGACGCAGUUCAGCUCGUUGGACUCAAGACUUCAUGACUGGUGGGGCUUUUUUUUUGUGGCAACAGCGUAUAUCAAAAUCCCAAUAAAGAUGAUUUUCCCAGUA